GAAUCUAUAUUUUAUAUAGCUGAUUAAAUUUUUCUCUUCAGAGAAUAUUUUGAUCAAGUACAUUCCUGUUCAUAGUAUAGCUAAGUCAGGGGAGAGGGAGGAUUGGUCUUUGGACCUUUACUGAGGCAGAGAGUUACAUUUAGAUUUAUUAUACAGGCUAAACAAACAAAACACCUGGCAUUUAUAUAAGCCCUCAUUGAAUCAGUGAAUGAAAAAAGUUUAUUCAGCCUACUAAGAUGUACGCUCAGCCUACUAAGAUGUAGGCUACUCCAGAGCAAAAAGUUACAUGUGUUUGUUCUUGUUGUGUGGUGUUGAAGACUGAACCCAGGGCCUCCACGAGGCAGGCACAGCCAUAGCAUUAUUUCAUGUUAACUCUAGUAUACCAGGCAUCUAGAACAGCAGGCACUCAAUGAAUACUUAUUAAAUGAAUAAAUAAGAACAACUUAUAGGCUAGCCUCUGGAACUCUACCCAACAUGACAUCUGAGCACAAGACUAAGUUAUCCAAGAACCUGCUGCGCAUGAAGUUCAUGCAAAGGGUCCUGGACUCAGAAACCAAGAAACAACUGGAGGAGGAAGAAAAGAAGAUGAUGAACGAUGAGCACUGGUACCUGGAUCUGCCAGAGUUCAAGGAGAAAGAGAGUUUCAUCAUUGAAAAGCAGAGCUUCUUACUAUGUGAAGAUCUUCUCUAUGGAAGGACGUCAUUCAGAGGAUUUAGUCCUGAUAUUGAGAAGUUAAUGCUUCAGAUAAAUUCUAAGAACAAAGCUGCAGCAGAAGAAGAGGAGACAGUGGAGGUGGAUGUGUCUGAUGAAGAGAUGGCAAGGAGAUAUGAGACUUUGGUGAGAACAAUUGGAAAAAUGUUCGCCGAGAAGAGGGAUUGAGCCAAUUACGAAGAAGAUGAAAAUGGAAAUAUAAAACCCAUUAAAACAAAGAUGUUCUUAAAG